AUGGCUCAAGUUCAGAAACAGCUGGUUGCAUCGCAAAAGUUCUUAGUUGGCUUGGUUUCAUUGCCUCAAUAUGGCGAGCUUCGCUUGAAACAGUUGGAAAGACUAAUGGCAGUGACUCGCAAAGCAAAGCUGACGAUAGAGCAGGCGGCUGGAGUCUUGGCGAGCUUGGAUUCCACGUUGUGGGAUGAGUCGUCACUGAGUCAGCUCAAAAGUUUGGUUGCGGACCAAACGGUUGGCGACGCAGUGGAAGAAGAAGGGUCGCAACGUGCGAAGCAGCAAGACUUUUCGGCUUUGCCGAUGUACUUGGAUGAUGCAUGGUGGUGUCGCUUGGAGACGGCCCAAGGUAAAGAGAAAGAAAAGAAUUGCGAGCUUUUAUGUCAGCAUGCAGCUCGAUUGGGAUUGACAAAUCCCACGGAGGAAACGUAUGCAUUUUUGUAUGCGCUUUCCUUCGCCUUGUCUCCCGCCACUGUCAUUUUCGAUUGUGAGAAGUUGGGGUUAUUGGCAAAAUGGAAGCCGAUAAUGAAACGGACAUUGAAAGUGGCAGUGCAACCGCCUUUGCAUCUUUUGGUCCUGCCGUGUGAUGUGGAGCAGUGUCCAGCUGAGCUGUUGCGAGCAGCAUACCCACAGGGAUUUCGUCCUGGUUCGCCAAGCCACAAGACGAUGCCGGAAGUGUUGCAGCUGGCUCGCACAUGGCCUUUGAGGAAGACGCAUUUGACAGCUACAACUAGCCAGAAAUCUUCUUUGCCAGGAACCUUGGAAAGCGGGCACAUGAUGCAAGCCAUGGCUGCAGCGACAGUCCAAGCCGUGGCUUCGCAGUUUGGAGCUCUGCAGCGAGCAGAAUCUGUGCCUGAGCUGCCGGGUUUCAAACUCUUGAAGCCUCCGUGUGAGGCCGCUUCGGCUUCGAAACCGAAGGAGCAAUUAGCUUUGACGGAUGGAACUACGCAGGCUGGAGGAUCUUCUUCGCAUGAGGGAAAGGAUGCAGCGAGCAUGAUCGCUGCAUUGCAAGCUGAUCUUCAACAAGACAAAAAGGAUCCGCCGAAGAGGUCCAAGAGGGCACCAAAGGCAAAGGUUGAGAAAAAAACAAAAAAGAACGCUGUUUGCAAGGAAAAAGAAAUGAAAGGAGAUGCUGAGCAGUGGCUUUCACCAGACAAGCCUUCCAAGGUUUGCAUGAAGCGCCCAGCUGGCAGGGGAAAAAUGAAGAGACCUGCUGCAGUCGCUUCCAAGAAGCGACCUUCUGAGACAGCCGAAGAGAAGGAAGAGAAGCGCCGUUUGUUGUUCAAACGGGUUCCAAAACCGCUUCAGAACGAAUAUGCCAACGGUGCCAUGGCCUCUUCGUCCGACGACGACGACGACGAUGAGGAAGAGGACGAGAAUGAUGAGCCAAAACCAAAGGCAUCGCCUUUCGACACGAAGGCGGAGAAGUCCCCAUCGAGGUCUCGACGUCGUCGAAGACGUCGCACUCGUGAAGAGCGUGGCAGGGAGCGUGGCAGACGCCGUGAGUCACGUGCUGAGAGCCGUGACGGUGGCCAUCGCGAUGGCAGGAACAGUCACCAUGGCGGUGGCCAUGGAAAGACGCGCUCCAGCGUUCCUGAACCACUCGAACCACCGGGACGCAAGGAGGAUGAUAGGACGCGCUCACGUGUUCCAGAACCACCAUCACCUCCGAGAACGAAGAAAGCAGAAGGUGAGGGGAAGCGUGGUCCCAAGGGUGGGAAAGGCAACUUCAAGGGUGCCAAGCGCUGGAAAUGCCCACUGUGCAAAACCCGGGUGGCUGCUCAUCAGGCGGCUUUGGAGCAGCACCAAUGGUUGAAUGAGUGGUGCAUUGCGCACCAAAACUGGGAACGGCUGACGUACAGUCAGCAAGGUGAACCAGGGGCCUGGGCCAAAUGUCGUGAGAACGCAUUCCAUACGAAAUGUGCUCGCACCACGGAAGCCGUGGAUGAUGGCAGUGGCCUGCCCAGUGACGAGGAGACUCGUCAGCCGAGCGUGCUGGACCGCCCCAUGUCGUCAGGUGGCCCAGUGCGUUUGCGCGCGAAAGAGAAGCCAACCGUGGCAGAGCCAUCGUUUACGACGGUGGAACGCCCGGUGGAUGACCAAGUGAAGAAAAAAAAGAAAGCAAAGAAGGACUCCAGCCCGGAAUCCGUUGGUUCCAAGAAGAAGAAAAAGAAGCCGCACAAGGGGUCAGAGUCUUCUAGCUCGAGUGGACAUCGAGCGCCGAAACGCAAGCAGGUGGUCAUCAACUUUCACUGA